UUCCAUUAUAAUAAUUCGAAAAUAAACAUAUAUAUAUAUAUAUUCUCAAAAGAUUGGCUGGGAUACAAUGGAAUUAUAUUUUGAACUAAAAUGUUACUAUUAUGAAUGAAAAUUAAUAUUUAAUACUACUAAUAUAAAACUAUGAAUAUCAUUAUCAUAGAAAAAUCCUUUUAAUCCCAACAUAACCAUGUGUCAAGCUGGUAAAAGAAUUCCAUUGAAUGCUUGGAUGGCUACAUUUCAUUGGCUCUGGAACAAGAAGAGUAGGAUAAUUCACUGCACAGAAGCAGCGCACCAAUUUGCUUAUAGAAUUGGCUUUGGGGGCUGUCCUCUUUCUUCUCUAAGCCUCUUCAUCUCCUCCACCCACCACCACUUCUCUCUCUUCCCCUAAAUUUUCUAUCUUUACAUUUGGCUUCUUCAAUCCUCAAGCCUUCGCCAGCCAAGAAAGUUAAACAUAAAAACAAAAGAUAACCCCAAAAAUGAUGGUAGUUACUUCCUACCAUCCAAAAUCUUUCCUUCAAUCCAACUCUACAUGGACAACCAAUCUUGAUAUCCCAUUAUUCCAUUAAAAGUCCUUCCAAAGAAACCAAAAUUUCCAUAAAAAAAAGUUAGUUUCUUGGGUCUAAAUUCUUGUCCCCAAUAAAGAAAAAGCACAAUGACUGAAGUACUCCAAUCGUCCCCAUCUCACUUCUCUUCACCUGCAAGCUCCACCUCAACUCCACAUGCCCUUAUUAACUCUGGUGUAAGCACUGUGGGAAGUAUAAUAGCCCAAGAAAGUGACCAGGAAGAGGAGAGUAGGCAAGAGGAAGAGAGGAAAGAAAGGGACAGGGAAGGGGAUCAGUUGUCUUUCUUAACACUUUUGGUGGCUGCCUUUAGGAAGUCUUUGAUUGGGUGUAGCAUUUCUGAAAGAAAAGAGCUUUGUUCAAUGGAAAUUGGGUUGCCUACCAAUGUUAGACAUGUUGCUCAUGUGACUUUUGAUAGGUUCCAUGGAUUUCUUGGUUUGCCGGUUGAAUUUGAGCCUGAGGUCCCCAGGAGAGCCCCAAGUGCCAGUGCAAAUGUAUUUGGAGUUUCGACAGAAUCUAUGCAACUUUCAUUUGACUCUAGAGGGAAUAGUGUGCCAACAAUACUACUACUCAUGCAACGGCAUUUGUAUGUCCAAGGAGGCCUCCAGGCAGAAGGAAUUUUCAGAAUUAAUGCAGAGAAUGGGCAGGAGGAGUAUGUCAGGGAAAAGCUAAAUAGGGGAGUAAUACCAGAUGGGAUAGAUAUACAUUGCUUGGCAGGUCUUAUAAAGGCUUGGUUUAGAGAACUUCCUAGUGGUGUAUUGGACUCCCUUCCUCCAGAGCAGGUAAUACAAUCCCAGUCAGAAGAAGAGUGUGCUCGGCUUGUGAGGCGCCUUCCUCCAACAGAAGCAGCUCUACUGGAUUGGGCUAUAAAUUUAAUGGCUGAUGUUGUGCAACUGGAGCAUUUGAACAAGAUGAAUGCACGCAAUGUCGCCAUGGUGUUUGCUCCAAACAUGACGCAAAUGUCAGAUCCUUUAACUGCAUUGAUGUACGCGGUCCAGGUUAUGAAUUUUCUGAAGACACUUAUUAUUAGAACACUUAAAGAGAGAGAAGAUUCUAUGAUAGACUCUACUCCUGUUUCUCGCUUGGAGCCUUCUGAUAAGAAUGGACAGCAAAGCUCUUCACAACUGCGCAAAGAUGUCAAUGAGGAGGUUAAAAACGAAAGUGAAGGUGAGAACACUUUUAUUGAUCAAGAACCUGCCAUAGAGAGCCCCACUCACACUGCUGAAGAGAAUUUGAUGACUGAAACUAGCUCUCAAAGUUUCCUAACUUCAGUUGAGAAUGGCUGUGCUGGAAAUCGUUCUCUAGUUGAUAACUGUCCUUGCACUGUCGUUUCUCAAGUGAACUCCUCAGCAAAUGGACUCCAAGAAGGUGGCCUCCGAAGGACGUCUAAAAAGAGCAGAACUGGUCAAUCAAGUCAUUCAGGUCUAAAGAAGGGAUCGAAUAAGGCAAAUGAAAGGUCAAUAGGUCAUGCAGCAGGACCUGUAGAGAAGCGCAAGGGAACAAGGAUUGUCAGCCGCAUAAAUUCGAGAGCAGAGCUUUUUGAAGCUUGGAGGUGAAUGGCCUUGAAUGUUAGGUUGUAGUCAGAUGAGGUCCGCAUGGGAGGGAAAAGCCAACUGGUAAAAGUUGGUAUGUUGUGUUUCCAUUUCUUUUUUCUUUUGGAAAUAUUGUGUACGAGUUAAUGUGUGUCAUGUAUGUGAUUUUGGGUAGAAAUUCUUUAACCUGUCAUUGCUUCACACUGACAUUUCCUCAGCUCGUUCUAACAUUUUCUAUUGUUAAUGGUACUUAUCAUUACAGCUUCUAAUCAAUCAAAGUUCCUUUGUGUUGCUGACCUGAACAUGACUUUUGCUU